AUGCCCACAGUCAACAGCAACCAAUGGACGCAUGGAAACCACUCUGCUCCUCCUCCACCGCCCAGCGGCGCUCAGAACUUCGGCCAUGGCGCGCCUAACGGUUACUCGUACCAAUACUCGGCAUGCAAUGGUCGGAGGAAAGCGCUGUUGAUUGGUAUCAACUACUUUGGCCAGCGAGGCCAGCUUCGAGGAUGCAUCAACGAUGUUAAGAACAUGAGUACAUACUUGAACGAGUUCUUUGGAUACAAGCGAGAGGACAUGGUCACUUUGACCGACGACCAGCAAAAUCCUAUGAGCCAGCCGACCAAGGCAAACAUUCUACGAGCGAUGCACUGGUUGGUCAAGGACGCACGGCCAAACGACUCCUUGUUCUUCCACUACUCAGGACACGGCGGUCAGACAAAGGACCUUGACGGUGACGAGGACGACGGCUACGAUGAAGUAAUUUACCCAGUGGACUUCCGCACUGCUGGCCACAUUGUUGAUGACGAGAUGCACCGUAUCAUGGUUGCGUCUCUCCAACCCGGAGUCCGACUGACCGCCAUUUUCGAUUCCUGCCACUCCGGUUCCGCCCUCGACCUCCCAUACAUCUACUCCACCCAGGGUGUGCUCAAGGAGCCUAACCUGGCCAAGGAAGCCGGCCAAGGAUUGCUCGGCAUUGUAUCGAGUUAUGCGCGCGGUGAUAUUGGCAGCAUGAUUGGCGGCGCUACCAGUUUGUUCAAGAAGGCAAUUAAUGGUGACGAGGUGUACAAGAAGAACCUCAGGACAAAGACCAGCCCCGCUGAUGUCAUCAUGUGGAGUGGAUCCAAGGAUACCCAGACUUCAGCCGAUGCAAGUAUUGGCGGUGAAGCCACAGGUGCCAUGUCAUGGGCCUUUAUUACUUCGCUGCGCAAGAACCCCAACCAGAGCUAUGUACAGCUGCUUAACAGCAUCCGUGACGAGCUCGAGGGCAAAUACCAACAGAAACCCCAAUUAAGCUGCAGUCACCCGCUUAGUAGGUCUUGUAGGCCUGAUGGUUAA